AUGAGGUCGCCUAUAUACCGCACGACUUUCUCGUCAUUUGGGAGUAGAUACUCGUCAGCAGGCACUGCAAUGCAGUGUACUCGGGCAGACCGGCUAGCGGGUAUUAGAAGAUAUGGCGCUGCGAAACUCUGCCAGGUUAUGAUGUUGCGCCUAGAAAAAGACUCCAAACUGUCUAGCAUAUCCGUUCUAGCUGUCGACCCAGCCGCCAUGCCAACCGAACUUAGCCACCGAGACGGCUGGGUCAGGGGGGUAUUUUUGGCCCAAGUCGUUCUUAGAAUCGUCGCGGCCAUCAUAAUCCUAUUUCGACCUAAUGACCCGUUCAGAACGACGUGGAAAUCUGUCGGGGACGUAUUAUACGCUGUGUUUGAAACAGAAACACUGGGUAGCCAUCCGAGUGGAAUUUAUAUGAAUGGGUCUAAGAGAGCAAAGGCUGGGGCUGAAUCAGAAGACUUGAGAAUGAGAGAGCAGCUAUGGUGUGACAGCCUAGGGUAUGUGCGAGCAACUGAGGGAGACACGGUGCUUACAGAAUGGCGAUAA